AUGCGCUCCAGAAGUACUAAUGAGUUGUUUCGUAGUGACAUUCUUGCCGAACUGGAUCUUCCGGCUAGUGGUAUAUCUCGCGCGGAAGCACGGAUUGAGUUGCCGAAGGGCCGAACUCUCUCUUUGCCUAACGACCCUGCUGCUCCGAACACCAUGAUGAUGUUCUUUUACUCCGCCCAGAUCCAUUUGAGAAAGGUUCUGAACCGUGUUCACACCGAUCUAUACAAAGUCGAAAAAUGAGAACAGGUGGUCUGCUAACGUACAGGAGAUCCUGAGCAUGAACCUUGAAUUGUGGAGAAGCAGCUUACCCGACAUAAUGAGGUGGAAGGACGCGGACCCUCCACAUGAGGACAUCAAUGUUGCUCGGAUGCGAGCUAAAUACUACGGCGCACGCUACAUUAUCCAUCGUCCCCUCCUUUAUUGGGCUCUGCAUCAUUCGCAUCCUGCCGAAAAUGGUCGAUCAGCGUCAGUGGACUCUCCUACCGGAUCAGCGAUGUCGGGAGCGAAGUCCCAGCAGGUCUCGCCCUCAAUGGCGCACAGCCAACGUGCUAUUACUAUGGCGCGAUUGUCUAGUGAUGUUGGUACCAUGGGUCGAUCCGCACCGACGCCAACCCCCGUUCCGACAGGAUCGCGACCAGCACUUGCGUAUCGCGAUCUCAACCCGAAACUACGAAGAGCGUGCAAAGUGUGCAUAGACUCCGCCAUAUUGAGUACCGAGGCUUUUGAUGGCAUCAAAGGUCGGCCGGUAGUAACUAAUAUCUUCGGCACAGCUCAUGCUCAAUUCGGUAACAUGCUUGUAUUGUCAGCCACCUAUAUGUCGAGCCUUUCAGAGUUGGUUGACCGGAAUGACCUUGAUCGCUUGCUUAAGCGAACAAUACGCUUCCUCCUUCAAAGCCGCGAGAUAUCGCCAACCCUACGCGCCGAUGCAAAGAUCCUCAGCGAGAUAUAUGAGAAGAUCUUUGGAGAGCCAGCCGAUAUCGUGGCUCCGUAAUUAUACUGACAACAGAGGCUGAGAAUUCUGCGUUGCCUCUGGGUCGAGGCAUAGAUUUGGCCCCAUACACCUGAUUUUGCUUUGUUGUUAUUCUUCACAUGAACCUUGCGGGUUGAUACAGUUAGCGGGAAAGGAAUGUUCCCUG